GUGUGUACUCACCUGCAGCCGGUGACAGUUUAGUGAUGACGCCCCAUCUCUGCUUCCACUAGAACAACAAACGCGAAAUUAGUUAUAAGCUUGUAACAAAUGAUAUUCGGUUAGUGGUCGUUUUGUCAUCGAGAUUACUCCGGUCGGUGUAUAAAAUCGUGAUUAGUUACCGGAGAAGACAAUUAACCGUAAAAUGAAGGACGAGAUAUCUUUGAAGACGAUAGUUAACGGGAGUUUCAAAACAACCAGUCCGAAACCAUCGGAUCAAAAACUCGACUCGAUAUUCCUGUACGUAUCAGUGCUAAUUGGUACAUUACUAUUGAUCUCGGUUGGAAUAUCAGUGAUAUGGACCUCACCGGUAAUAGGCAAGUUGAGAUCGAACGACACCGAGAUCAACCCGCUCGGCAGGCCGAUAACAACAAUAGAAAUAUCCAUUAUAGCAGGAGUACCGUCCCUCACCGACGUCAUAGGGAUGCUACUGAUGCCGAAAGUAUCCGACAUAAUCGGCAGGAAGCUGCACCUAACCUUCACAGCGAUCACGAUGGUGAUAGCCGGCGUCGGUUUAUCCUUCAGCACGAGCAUCCUCUACAUGACCCUGUGGAGGUGCCUGUUCGGAUUCCCCGCCGCCUACACCGUCCUCUCCAUCUACAUAGCGGAGAUCUGCGAGGACCACAACCGGGGCAAGUUCGGCUGCUUCACGGGGCUGCUGCACCAGAUCGGCAACUUCUUGGGCUUCUUGAUCGGCCCGUUUCUCAGCGUUACGUUCUUUUCGCUGGCGAUGACGGCGCCUGCGAUGCUGUUUCUCCUCACGUGCGCGGUUUUACCCGAAACUCCCAUAUAUCUGAUGCUGCGCGGCGACGAGGAUAAAUGCAAAGCGUCCAUGAAGCGGCUCAGAGGCCACAAAACCGAUCGGGAGAUCGAUGCGGACGUGAUGACGUUAAAAGAGAGUUUGAAGGAGAAGAAGAAAGGGAAGAUUGCGGAUUUGUUUAAGAAGAAAGAGCACAGGAUCGCGUUGUUGUUGGGCUGUUUGUGUUUGACAAUGAAAGCAGCGUCUGGUGUAACUGUAAUCUUCACGUACUUAGCGCCGUUCUUCGACCAAGCUAACACCAGUUUAUCAGGAGAUAACGUGGCUAUUAUAAUAUCGGUUGUUAAGAUAUUUGUGUUCGCCUUCACGUCGUUCAUAGUGGAUAGAUUCGGCAGGAAAAACCUGCUGGUGAUAUCCUCCACCGCCACGGGAAUCCCACUUUUCGCUGUAGGAGUAUACUUCUACCUACAACACAUCAACUCCCCUUAUCUGGAGUACCUGCAAUGGCUUCCUCUGACAGGAUUCCUGCUGAUGGUGAUCACUUUCGGGUUGGGCGUCGGUCUGAUUCCGCACGUGUUGAUCACCGAGCUGUUUCCGUCGGAUCUCCGGGCCGCCUCCAGCUCGGCGGUGACCUCCAUCAGCGGCGUGGCGAUGUUCGGGGUGACCUCCCUGUUUCCCAUUGUGUCCGAAUCGCUGGGGAACCACUGGUGCGUGUGGUGGUUCAGCCUGAACUGCUUCAUCGGAGCUAUAUUGAUCUACCUGUUUCUGCCGGAGACGAAGGGCAAGAGCUUCGAUGACAUUCAGGCGGAGCUCAAGAGUUACAAGUAGAGGUGAGCGUUUGGAAUUGAUGCGAUUUUUUGGCAGUUGGAAUUGUUUGAAUUGUGUGUAAGGGUUUAAUUUAUGAUUUGAAGUGAGUGCGAGAUAAAUGAGUCCUAAAUACAAAUA